AUGAGGAGCAAAGGGGCUUCCCAAAGAUUUUCCGGGAGAAACCAGAGCUACCCAAUCGAAAGAUCACCGUAUCAACUAAGAAGGAGAAGAAGAAGACCAUAUGGAAUAGUGGCUACCAUCGUCUGUCUAGUCUCUACUGUCCGAUGCUGCUCCGAUAUAGUAACUCACCAAGGAGAAACAUCAUACUGCACAAUCACCGAAAACGAAGAGAAAUGCAUAUACGGACAAACUACCCAGCUGCUCCUUCAACCGAUCGGACAAGAAGCUUGUCUCCUACUCAAAAACAAGGAAAACCGAAUCAUGGCAACAGUUUCCAUCCGACUGAAACAAAUCUCUCACAUCUGUAAACAGAAAACCGAAUAUUUCACAAGAGAUUACGAGUUCUUCACGGAAUCCCGACAUCAGUGCUAUAACACUGAAAGCUGCAGAGGUAACACCUGCGCGUCACUCAAACCGGAGACGAAACUACACGACUUCAGUAUGAUUGCAAAGGCAAAUCCGGGAUACACAUACUGUGUACCAAGCUGUGGAUGCUUUUGGUGCGACUGGUGCUUCCACUGCACAUCAACAUCUCUCUUCUAUAGGUACAGUACCUACAUCAUCCACGAUAUACCGAGUCUUUUCAUGCCCCACAUGGAGCAUCCAAGCAGAAGGAACCGUCACGCUAAGAACAGAAACCAGGAAUUCCCUUUCACAUGGAAUAACCUUCGACUGACCUUUGCAGGUACAAUUCUACCAAAUCUUCCGAUUCUAUCAAGCUAUUUCAUAACGGACGGCAACAUCGUGACGCGAAUCGAACCAUCUCAGCAAGGACAACUUCUACCAAACUCCGCCGGUCAGUUACAAUGUAGAACAGAAGAAGAAGCAAAGUCUUUUGGGAGCUGCAUUUUCGCACAAUAUGCAUGUUCCUGUAACCCAAGAAAAUACGCAGUCACAUGCUCCUGUCCAAAUGGGACAACGUCGUCAUUUCUGCACAAUAAACAUAAUAAGCUUCCAGUAAUUACAGGUCAAGCAGCACUGAUAAAUGAGCGGCAAACCAUUAAGGCAAAAACAACAAUCGACUCUGCGCUCACAAUUCAGAUAUCAACGAACGAACUAGUCAUUGCUGCUAGCAUCAACAACAAUUCAUGUCAAGUACAUAUGGAGGAGCUGACAGGAUGCUAUUCCUGCACACAGGGAGCGAUUGCUAAUGUCUCGUGCAGGUCAUCAAUAAGUGAAGAAACGGCACAAAUUGAGUGUUCAGAUACAACCAGAAUCGUUCGCUGCACCCCAGAGGGAGAAAUUUCCACGGUGCGAUUCCACUUCAUCAACUCAAUGGUCAACGAAAACUGCACAGUCAGAUGUCCAGGAGGAAUUUCAACAGUCAUUCUGAAGGGACAACUCGCAUUCGUCAAUGAAGCAACUUUCAUCACAGAAAUGAUCACACCAAGGCGAUCAUUCAAAUCAUCCAGUAGCGGAUUUACCUUUGAAAAC